CUAAUUUCGUUUCGAGCAUUCACAAGCGUUGAAAAGUCAUAUAAGUUUAUAAAGUAGCCAGUUAAAAGCACAAUGACGAGCAAUGAAAUUAUGAUCUCUGGGGCAAGCCCUUGUUCUGGUUCUAUUCAGAUAUCUGGGGCAAAAAAUGCCACUUUGCCGUUAAUGGCCGCUUGUCUACUGACAGAUAAGCAAGUUGUGUUAGAAAAUGUCCCUAAAAUCAGCGACAUUGAUAAAAUGAAAACACAAUUAGAAUCCUACGGCGUGAAAGUCAUCGAGCGCGGUUCGAGACGGGUUUUACAAGCGACAAGUGUCAAAACAGAAUUUUCGCCAACAAGCAGUGACGAUUCAAAUACGCGAGGCUCUUUUUUGGUUUUGGGCCCUCUCCUAGCACGAUUGAAGGCAGCGAAAGUGCGCCACCCUGGGGGGUGCCAAAUCAGUAAAGGCGGCCGUCCUGUUAACUACCAUAUCGAAGCAUUACGAGAAAUGGGGGCAACAUUGGAAUCCGAUCGUAAAUGCAUCAAGUUAAAGGCUAACCUAGGCUUGCACGGAACCAAAAUCGAUUCGAAAAUGUCUGUCGGAACAACUGAAAACGUUAUCAUGGCAGCGUGUCUCGCAGACGGACAGACUGUAAUCACAAAUGCAGCAGUUGAACCAGAAAUCAUUGAUUUGAUUAAAAUGUUGAAUGCAAUGGGUAUGAACGGGAAUAUUGGAGUGAACGAGCAUGAAAAUAAGAUUGUCAUCAAUGGACGCAGUGGUACCCUUCUGAAUGGUUGCACGCACACAGUAAUUCCAGGUAGGCUGAACAUCCCCUACACUUCUAUAAUCAUCUAAUUUUUACUAUUGUAAUUACCGUAGAAAAUACCCUCUUAAAUAAAUUAAAACUUUUAUCAUUCUAAUUUUCAGAUCGUAUUGAAGCUGGUACAUGGGCCAUCGCUGCAGCUAUUACCGGUGGGUCAUUGCUCCUAAAGAUGAACUCUGAUAUCGGCCAGAGAAUCAUGGUUCCUACCCUUGAAAUGUUGAAAAAAGCAGGUGUAGAUGUGGAAUGGAAACGCAACGGGUUGCAAGUCCAACGUCUUGGCCAAAUCAAACCUGUGAGCAUAACUACAGGCCCUUUCCCAAAAUUCCCCACUGAUCUGUUGCCACAAUGGGUGACUUUCAUGACCAAGGCAAAUGGUUCUUCCAGACUCAAAGAUACCAUUUAUGAUAAUCGAUUCAGCCACGUUCCACAUUUGGAAACUAUGGGUGCAAGUUUCACCAAAUUGUCGGAUACAGAAUAUCAAGUCGAUGGUAAUGCUAAUUUAAGAGGGAAUCGCGUUGAAGCUACAGAUUUGAGAGCUGGAGUCGCCUUGAUUUUGGCAGGAUUGGCAGCAGAAGGAACCACAGUGGUCAGACAGUUUCAACAUGUGCUUCGAGGGUAUGAAGACAUCAAAGAAAAGCUUGGGUGUUGGGGUGUGCAAUUUCAGAAUCUGCCUCAAACUCGGCAAGGCUUUCAUGGUGGAAACCGUCGUCAAGUCCGACAAGAGGGUCCAGUCCAACACGACCGCAAACGACGUUAAAUUUCAUGUUUUUUUUCCAAAACGAGUCAUGCACGUUAGUUAUAUUUUCUUAGUGUAUUUUAAGACGUUUUAAGCUUGUUUUUAAUUCUAUAUACUUUUAGUUGAUAGUGUACUAAAUUAGCAUGUAAUUUAUGUAAUGAUUUAGUUUUGUUUAUAUUGUUAAUUAAGUUUAAAUUCCAGUAACUUUAGAAUGCUGUAUAGUAUAGCAUUGUAAUUGCGACAAAUAACUUGUAAUUAAAUAAAAAAUAUGAAAACAAAAAAAAAAACAUAAAAAGAAUGAGAUAAAGAAAAAAAGGAAAGAAACUAUGCACGAAAAAUAGAUAAAAAAUUUAAAAAAAUUAUAACUGUUGAUUAGAACGGUUAAACACUUUACAUACCAAUUAAGGAUAAUUUAAAGUAUAUUUAUCAAAGUAGAAAUAGUUAAAAUACGGUAAAAACAUGAACUCGUUUUGAUAUUAUCUGGAAUUACUGUGUGUCUGCUCGCAUUCAGAUGAAACAACAGCUUCCUUCAAUAACAAUCGUAUUUUUGGUUCUUGCUCGCUACAGUAUUAGCGUUCGUGGCCAUUUCCUUCAACAAAGUGAUCAAAUCAAUGAUUUCUGGUUCAACCGCUGUAUUUGUGAUUACAGUCUGUCCCUCUACGGGCCACGCUGGCGUUAGGGUAGUUUGGAUAGGCGGCAUUGUGCCCAGUUACCUGUGCCCAAGGGAAGAGGAAUGAAUGGGCAGCAGACCAGCCGGUGGUGGGGGUAUAGAAGGCAAAUGCCCACGAAGACUGUCAUAUGUCCAACAGCCUUCCAAACCUCACAACAUGUCACUUCGAUAGCCAUCUGUAGAAACAACAGAAUGAUUGAUAGAAAUCACAAAUUUGGGGGUGAGGGUCUGUCAUGUUGAGGAACCUAAUAGCCGUCGGCUCACAACUCAGUAUAUGUUUGCCUCUCACCCUUGACUUUACCCUAUGCAUUAACACACUCCCCGCUCUUUUUGCGCAGACAACGUAGUAUCCGCGUAGACGCAAACUUGAUCCGUCUAUUAUUAUAAAACUAUUAGGAAAAUAUCAGGCAUGAUUUGAUCUUAGUCCUAAUGACAAAAUUCGUGACCGGUUAUCCACAGAACAUAACCCCCCUCCCCCUACCGCCACCCCACCCCACUGUUGACAUUGUGAGACUAAAAAGUAAAAGUAACAUUAUAUCUGAAGUGGCUUUGUGUUCCAUUGUUAUGUUGAUAACACUCCAGCAAAUGAGCAACAUUGAAACGAGGGAGGCCGAGGGAGGUUUACAUGUUAUUUUGCGCAACUUAUUUACAAAACUAAUACAAGUGUCCAUGUGUCCCACCCUUCAAGUUAAAAAUAGUGAUAGCAUUUUUUCUCCGAACCAUUGCCAGCAUAGAUCGCGCUAUUCUAACUGCUUGAACAACUUUUCGCUUACAAUUAUACUAUAAUCCAUCACUAGAAACUAGCACCCUGACAAAAUCAUUCCGCCUCAAAUCUCGUUCCAGAAAAGCGGUUAAAGAGUUAUAUGUUAACAUUAUAUUAAAAUUUCCGAUACAUCGUAUUUUAUGUACAUGCAGUAUAAACCAUUGAACUAUGGUAUAAACAAGUUCUAGAACACUAUAAUGACAUAAUUUUUCUACAUGCAGGGAAAACCCCGAAUUUGCAUAUGUUUAAUAAUUUGCAUGCGUGGGACACGGCAUGCACAAUUUCAACAUAUGAUUACUUCAGAAGGAGUAGAAUGUUAAAAACCUAUAUUAUUAAGAAUAUUGAUAAAAUAUACACUUUUUCACUUAAAACUAGGACUUAAACAUUUAUUUUUUUGACGUUUUUUCCAUUUUCCAAAUAAAACUACGGUAUUAAAAAUUCUUACGUCAUGCAACGUUGCAAAACAAAUUUCUGCAAGCGUUGCAAAAAAAAUUCCUGCGAGAUUAAAUAUUAUGAUACUAGCACUGUAACUUUUAUAUGAGCACAACUUCACUUGCCGAUUUUAAACCACCUCUGUGUCGUUAAUAUAAGUGUUAAUUACCGGACACCCAUUUCAAAACGUCAUGUCGGCCAAUUCCAUGCCUUUGAUUCGAACAUCUUCAUUCAUUGUCAUUCAGCUUUUAUUAUAAAAUACAAGAAUAUGUUGGUUAACUCUAAAAGAGUGACUAAAUAUAAAUUGAUCAUAUUAAACCUUAAGUUUUAAGGAUGAACCUCUUUCUGUAGACUUAAAGCUUAUCUUGAAGAAUAAAUAAUACAGCAUUUGUUUGAAACGAAAGCCUACAUGUGCAAGUAAACCGCAAUAACAAUGUUCAUAUUUUUAUGAAACACUACACGGAACAAAACGUAAUUUCUUUAGCUAGCCGGCCAAACGUUCUAGUUUAUCUUUUAGCAUGAGUGGUUAUAUGUCGGUUUAAUUGAUUAUGACAUCUAGCUAUUCACUAACGAUACUCAAUUCAGUCAUUCAACGUUCUACUUCUUUGUCCAUUCAAAGACGAAAUAACACAAACUGGUAAGCUUGGAUAUUGCUAAAUUUCACCAAAAUUUAGUUCGAAUCUACGAAAAUUUCCUGUAAGACCAAAUUAUAGUAUAUGUAAUGUAACGUUUCUAAAUAUAUAUAUUUUAAUUUUUAAACGCAGCUGCCAGAUUGUUGAGUGUUUCAAACAAUUGACUUCCGGACUAAACAAGCCCCAACGUGUGCACUACAUGCGGGCGGGGUUUCCCCUCAUUUCUAGCUAUUCAGUCGAAUUUCUACAAUAAAUUUCCAACUUUACAUUCGCCAAAAAUGUUGAAUGUAAUUCAAUUCACAACAAAAAAUAUAAAUAGAACACUAUUAGCGUAUUUUAUCAGUUUUUUAAUACGUUCUGUCCGGUUUGGGCCGAAAAAUCGAACAGCUUUCGCCCAAUUCUCGGCCUUCAAUCGCUACCAGUCGUAGGCCGAAAUGUGCUCUAAAAAUAGCACGUUCGUAAUAUUAUAAUUAGAAUAAUGACGACAGUGUGUAAUUAUAAAUUUUGUUAUGCUGGCAAAAUAAUUUUCCUUAGUCACAAAAAAAUACCCCUAAAACUUUCGAUGAGAACAGCAAAAAAUCAAAAAUGCCCUAAAAUAACUUUCCCGAAUGAGUAAUUUCUGCCUCUAAAAAUAAAACCCUCUAGUAUAAAAGCCCGCGCUAGUUUAGUUCUGAUCAUAAGCAUUUACCAGCAUAUAGAAAAGGAAAGAAUUUAUAAGGAAGCCACUUAGAAGCACAAUGACGAACAACGAAAUUAUGAUCUCUGGGGCGGGCCGUUGUUCUGGUGCUAUUCAGAUAUCUGGAGCGAAAAAUGCCACUUUGCCGGUAAUGGCUGCUUGUCUACUGACAGAUAAGCAAGUUGAGUUAAAAAAUGUCCCUAAAAUCAGUGACAUUGACGUAAUGAAAAAGCAAUUACAAUCCUAUGGCGUACAAGUAAACGAGAACGGUUCGAGACGGGUUUUACAAGCGACAAGAAGCCAAACAAGAUUUUCGCCAACGAACAGUGACGGUUCGAAAACGCGAGGCUCGUUUCUUGUUUUGGGCCCUCUCCUUGCACGAUUUGGGGCAGCGAAGGUGUACUACCCUGGGGGAUGCCAAAUCAAUGCAGGCGGCCGCCCUGUAAACUACCAUAUCGAAGCAUUACAACUCAUGGGGGCAACUCUCGAACCGAAUUCUGAGUAUGUCUCGUUGAAAGCUAGCCAGCAAGGCUUGCGCGGAGCCGUAAUCCAUUUCCCACAAAUUUCCGUCGGAGCAACCGAAACUGUUAUCAUGGCAGCGUGUCUCGCAGACGGACAGACUGUAAUCACAAAUGCAGCAGUUGAACCAGAAAUCAUUGACUUGAUUAAAAUGUUGAAUGCGAUGGGCAUGAACGGACGUAUCCAAGUGAACGAGCGUCAAAAUACUAUUGUCAUCAAUGGAAGCCGUGGUACCCUUCUGAUUGGUUGCACGCACGCAGUAAUGCCAGGUAACUUUUAGCUUUAGAAACCAUUAGGUAGAAACCAUUAGGUAUUUGAAUUCUAGGAGGCACACGUAAGAGAUAUGGUUAGCGCGUUGCUCCCGAUUGUCAUUCACAGGGCCGCCGAGAGGGAGGGGCAGGGGGGGGGGCAAAUUGCCCCGGGCCCCGAGGUGCUGGGGGCCCCUGAAUAUUUUUUGUUGGGCCCCAGUCGUUUUUGUGUGUUAAAAUUUCCGCGCAAAGAACAAGAUUUUUUGGGGGUUGGGCUAAGCACCGAAAUUUAGCAUGAAAAAUUGAGAUAAAGUCCCUGGCGGCCCUGGUCAUUCAUUCUCUUCUGUGCAUGCUCUGAAGGUUUUCAACUGUUAUUAACAAUAGAAAAUGCCCUCUCAUAGUAAUAUUUUAUCGUUAUUAUUUUUAGAUCGUAUCGAAGCUGGUACAUGGGCGAUUGCAGCAGCCAUUACAGGUGGUAAGUUGCUUUUGGAGAUGGAUCCAGGAAUCGGAAGAAACAUCAUGGUGCCUGUCAUUCAAACGUUGCAACAAGCAGGUGUACAUGUGGAAUGGAAACUCAAUGGAUUUGAAGUUCAACGAUUUGGCCAAAUAAAACCUGUGAGCAUAACUGCAGGCCCUUUUCCUGCAUUCCCCACUGACCUGCUACCACAAUGGGUCACCUUCAUGACUCUGGCAAAUGGUCCGUCGGAUCUCAGAGAUACAAUCUGGAAUAAUCGAUUCAGCCACGUUCCACAUUUGGAAAGAAUGGGCGCAACAUUCACGAGAUUGCCAGAUGGAGGAUAUCGAGUCCAUGGUAAUGCACGUUUGAGUGGAAAUCGCGUCGAUGCUACAGAUUUGAGAGCUGGAGUCGCCUUGAUUUUGGCAGGAUUGGCAGCAGAAGGAACCACGGUGGUCAGACAGUUUCAACAUGUGCUUCGAGGUUAUGAAAAGAUCAAAGAAAAGCUUCGGUGUUGGGGUGUCCAAUUUCAGAAUUUGCCUCAAACUCGGCCAGGCUUUCAUGGUGGAAACCGCAUUUAAGUCCGACACGAUUGUCAACGACGUUAACUUUCAUGAUUUUUUCCCAAAACGAGUCAUUGCACAUUAUUCAUUAAUAGCUUAGAAUUCUUAAAACGUUUUAAGCUGCUUAAUUCUAAUUCUAUAUCGUCUAUACAUGCUUUCUUAUAUUGUAAUAAACUCAUGUAAUUCAUGUAAUGAUCUAGUAAUGAUCUAGAUAAUGUACUGUUAAUUAAUUAAGUUUAUAUUACUUUCAUUAAUUAUAGUAAUUUUAGAAUGUUGACAGCAAUUUUAUCAAAUUGCGACCAACAAGUAAUUUUUAAUCACCAUAUAGACAAAAACAAAAUAGAAAAAAAAAACAAUUAAAACAUGCGGGGGGAAAACAAAAAAAAAAAUAAAAUAGACAAAAAAGAACUUAUAAUUGUUGAUUAGAACUUAAUCAAAGUAGAAGUAGUUUUGAAAGACUUGGAAAUAAGUAAAAACAUGAACUCGUUUUGAUAUUAUCUGGAAUUACUGUGUGUCUGCUCGCAUUCAGAUGAAACAACAGCUUCCUUCAAUAACAAUGGUAUUUUUGGUUCUUCCUCACAUCCUUAUUGGCGUUCGUGGCCGUUCCUUCAACAAACUGAUCAAGUCAAUGAUUUCUGGUUCAACCGCUGCAUUUGUGAUUGCAGUCCGUCCCUCUACGGGCCACGCUGGCGUUAGGAUAGUUUGGAUACUGCCGGUAUUUUGCCCAGUUGCGGGGGCAGGGGAAGAGCAAUAGGCAGCAGACCAGCCGGGGGUGGGGGUUUAGAAGGCAAAUGUCUCACGAAGCGGACUGUUCAACAGCCUUCCAAACCUUACAACAUGUCACUUCGAUAGCCAUCUAUAGAAACAACAGAGUGAUUGAUAGACAUCACAAAUUUUUGGGGCGAGGGUCUGCAUGUCAUGUUGAGGAACCUAAUAGUCGUGGGCUACACAACUCAGUUUAUGUUGGCCUCGCCCUUGACUUUACCCUAUGCAUUGACACACUCCCCGGCUCUUUUUGCGCAGUCGAACGUAGUAUCCGCGUAAACGCAAACUUGCCUCAGCGUACGGUUUGUCUUGAAGAAUGAUCCGUCUGUCAAUCUGUGUGUUACUUAUAAUUAUACGGCAUUAGACGAACUAUUAGGAAAAUAUCAGGCAUAUAUGAUUUGCUCCUAAUGACAAAAUUCGUGACCGAUUACCCACAGUAACAUAACCCAUCUGGCCUGUUCAACAUUGUGAGACUAUAUCUGAAGUGGUUUUGUGUUCUAUUGUUAUCUUGAUAACAUUCCAGCAAAUGGGCAACAUUGAAACGGGGGAGGGGGAAGGUGUGUUAUAUUGCGCAACUAUUUACAAAACUAAUACGAGUGACCAUGUUCCCACCUGAUAUCAUUUUUCUCAGAACCAUUGCCAGCAUAGAUCGCACUAUUCUAACUGCUUGAACAACUUUUCGCUUACAAGUAAUAUACUUUAUAUAAUAACAACAGUGAAACACGCAAUUUGAUUGGUUAAUAGCCGUGCAUCAAUUAAAAUGCCUUCGCGGGAUUUUCGCGGGAUUCACAAAAUGUCAUUGUUUCACUGUAGUUAUUUUAUAAAACAAUUACCAAAUGGUUUUCCAAGCAGGAUAGCGUGAUCCAUGCACUUGGGAUGUUGCUCGACUUUCGGAAAGCGUAAAAAUACACUCGCCUGCGGCUCGAGUAUUUUUACGCUUUCCGAAAGUCUCGCGUCAUCCCUCGUGCAUGGAUCACGCAAUCCUGCACGGAAAACCAUUCGGUAUUCCUUUAAUAAUCCAUCACUAGAAACCAUAGAUAUAGGAGACCUAUGCUAGAAACUAGCACCCUGACAAAAUCAUUCGCAUUCAUUCCGCCUCAAAUUUCGUCCCAGCAAAGCGGUUAAAAUUUCCGAUACAUCGUAUUUUAUGUACAUGCAGUAUAAACAAGUUCUAGAACACUAUAAUGACAUAUUUUUUUUACAUGCAGGGAAAACCCCGAAUUUGCAAAUGUUUAAUAAUUUGCAUGUGUGGGACACGGCAUGCACAAUUUCAACAUAUGAUCACUUCAGAAGGCUAGAAUGUUAAAAACCUAUAUUAUUAAGAAUAUUGAUAAAAUAUGCACUUUUUCACUCAAAACUAGGACUUAAACAUUUAUUUUUUUAACGUUUUUUUCCAUUUCAAAUUUCCCAAAUAAAACUACGGUAUUAAAAAUUCUUACGUCAAAACAAAUUUCUGCAAGCGUUGCAAAAAUUUUCUGCGAGAUUAAAUAUUGUGAUACUAGCACUGUAUAAACUUUUAUAUGAGCACAACUUUACUUGGCGAUUUUGAACCAAUUCCGGUGUCGUUACUGAUAAGUGUUAAUGACUGGACACCCAUUUCAAAACGUCAUGUCGAUUGUAGGCCAUUUCAUGCCUUUGAUUCGAACAUUUUCAUUCAUUGUCAUUCAGCUUUUAUAAAAUACAAGAAUAUGUUAGUCAACUCUAUUACCUUAAGUAUUAAUAAUGAACCUCUUUCAGUAGACUUAAAGCUUAAUAUUUUCAAGAAUAAAUAGUACAGUAUUUGUUUGAAACGAAAGUCUACAUGUUACAAUGUUCAUGUCUUCAUGAAACAUAACACGGAACAAAACGUAAUUUCUUUAGCUAGUCGGCCAAACAUUCUAGUUUAUAUUUUGGCAUGAGUGGUUAUAUGUUGGUUUAAUUAAUUAUCAUCAUGACACCUAGCUCUUACUAACGGUAUUCAAUUCAGUCAUUCAACGUUCUACUUCUUUGUCUUUGCCCAUUCAAAGACGAAAUAACGGACUAUUAAAGCUUGGAUAUUGCUAAAUUACACCAAAAUUUAGUUCGAAUUUACGAAAAUUCCCUCUAAAAGCGAAUUAUAGUAUGUAUUAAAUGUUUUUAAAUAUAUAUAUUUUAAUUUUUAACCGCUGCUAGAUGUCGCGUGUUUUAAACAAUUAACUUCCGCACUAAAAAACAAGCCCCAGGUUUGCUGCGUGCGGGCGGGGUUUCCCCUCAUUUAUAUUCAGUCGAAUUUCAACAAUAAAUUUCAAACUUUACAUUCGCCAAAAUGUUGAAUACAAUUCAAUUCACAACAAAAAAUACAAAUAGAACACUAUUAUGGCAUUUUAGCAGGUUUUUAAUACGUUUUGUUCGGUUUGGGCCAACAAAUCGAGCAGCUUUCGCCCAAUUCUCGGCCUUCAAUCGCUACUUGUCGUGGGCCGAAAUGUGCUCUAAAAAUAGCACGUUCGUAAUAUUUAUAAUUGGAAUAAUGACGACAGUGUGUAAUUUUAAAUUUUGUUAUGCUAGCAAAAUAAUUUUCCUUAGUCACAAAAAAAUACCCCUAAAACUUUCGAUGAGAACAGCAAAAAAUCAAAAAUGCCCUAAAAUAACUUUCCCGAAUGAGUAAUUUCUGCCUCUAAAAAUAAAACCCUCUAGUAUAAAAGCCCGCGCUAGUUUAGUUCUGAUCAUGAGCAUUCGUGAGCAUUCAUGAGCAUUCACCAGCAUAGAAAAGGAAAGAAUUUAUAAGGAAGCCAUUUAGAAGCACGAUGACAAGCAACGAAAUUAUGAUCUCUGGGGCGCACGGUUGUUCUGGUUCUAUUCAGAUAUCUGGGUCGAAAAAUGCCACUUUGCCGUUAAUGGCUGCUUGUCUACUGACAGAUAAGCAAGUUUUGUUAGAAAAUGUCCCCCAAAUCAGCGACAUUGAUAAAAUGAAAACGCAAUUACAAUCCUACCGUGUACAAGUAAACGAGAAUGGUUCGAGACGGGUUUUACAAGCAACAAGAAGCCAAACAAGAUCUUCACCAUCGAACAGUGACGGUUCGAAAACGCGAGGCUCGUUUCUUGUAUUGGGCCCUCUCCUUGCACGAUUUGGGGCAGCGAAGGUGUACUACCCUGGGGGAUGCCAAAUCAAUGCAGGCGGCCGCCCUGUGAACUUUCACAUCGACGCUUUACAAAGAAUGGGGGCAAGCUUGGAAUCGAAUCAUGAAUACAUUGAGUUAAAAGCAAACCAAGGUUUGCGCGGAGCUCGAAUCCAUUUCCCACGAAUUUCCGUCGGAGCAACCGAAACUGUUAUCAUGGCAGCGUGUCUCGCAGACGGACAGACUGUAAUCACAAAUGCAGCAGUUGAACCAGAAAUCAUUGAUUUGAUUAAAAUGUUGAAAGCGAUGGGCAUGAGCGGACGUAUCCAAGUGAACGAGCGUCAAAAUACUAUUGUCAUCAAUGGCCGCGAUGGUACCCUUCUGAAUGGUUGCACGCACACAGUAAUUCCAGGUAACUAACUAUUAAAUAGAAUAGUAGUAAAACCGAGUGACAGGUGCGAUUGAUUAAUUAAUUAAUUAAUUAAUUAAUUAAUUAAUUAAUUAAUUAAUUAAUUAAUUAAUUAAUUAAUUAAUUAAUUAAUUAAUUAAUUAAUUAAUUAAUUAACGCACUGCCCUUCUAUGCCGUAAAUUACCCUCUUAAAUUAAAACUUUUAUCAUUCUAAUUUUCAGAUCGUAUUGAAGCUGGUACAUGGGCAAUCGGAGCAGCUAUUACCGGCGGGUCAUUGCUCCUAAAGAUGAAUCCCGAAAUCGGCCAAAAAAUCAUGGUUCCUGUCCUUCAAAUGUUGCAAAAAGCAGGUGUACAUGUGCAAUGGACACACAACGGAUUGCAAGUCCAACGUCGUGGCCAAAUCAAACCUGUGAGCAUAACUACAGGCCCUUUCCCAGAAUUCCCCACUGAUCUGUUGCCACAAUGGGUGACCUUCAUGACCCAGGCAAAUGGUCGUUCCAGACUCAAAGAUACCAUCUAUGAUAAUCGAUUCAGCCACGUUCUACAUUUGAAAACUAUGGGCGCAAGGUUCACUAGAUUUUCCAAUCGAGAAUAUGAAGUUCAUGGUAAUGCUAAUUUAAGAGGGAGUCGCGUUGAAGCUACAGAUUUGAGAGCUGGUGCUGCAUUGGUACUGGCCGCAUUGGUAGCAGAUGGUAGCACCAAAAUUAAAGAGUUUGAACACGUGUUGCGAGGGUAUGAAGAUAUCAAAGGAAAGCUGAGACGUUGGGGUGUUACUUUUCAAGAUUUGCCUCCAAGCCGAGAAGGAUUUUAUGGCAGUAACGAUGAAUAUUGGUCAUGCAUUUUGUUUUAGUCAUAAACUGAACGUUUCACGGAUAUGAUUUUUAAUACGUUUUAAGGACUUCUUAAGGAUGUUUAACACUGUAUGUUUUUAAAUGGGAUGUUGUGAUGAACCUAUAUUAAUCUAUGUAAUGUUUUAGUUUGUUUUGCUUAAAAGGUUGUAUUUCGUUACUGAAUGUAAUUGCGACCAGUAAUUUGUAUAAUUACCAUGUAAACAUAAAUAAAAAAGUGGAAAAAAACAUAAAAAGAAUAAGAAAAACGAAAAAAAAUAUGUAAAAAUAGGCAAAAAAGAAAAAAAAGCACAAACUUAAAACUGUAGAUUAGAACUGCUAGAACGCUUUACACCAAAAACAAUUUAAGUUGAAGUAGUUGAACUGAUAGUAAAAACGUGAACUCAAUAGUAAAAACAUGAACUCGUUUUGAUAUUAUCUGGAAUUACUGUGUGUCUGCUCGCAUUCAGAUGAAACAACAGCUUCCUUCAAUAACAAUCGUAUUUUUGGUUCUUGCUCGCUUCAGUAUUGGCGUUCGUGGCCAUUUCCUUCAACAAACUGAUCAAAUCAAUGAUUUCUGGUUCAACCGCUGCAUUUGUGAUUACAGUCUGUCCCUCUACGAGCCACGCUGGCGUUAGGGUAGUUUGGAUAGGCGGUGUUUUCAUUUGCCCAGUUGCGGGGCCAGGGUGAGGGGAAUUGGCAGCAGACCAGCCGGGGUGAGUGGAUGGGUGGAGACAAAUGUUCCAAGAGCACCUUUGAACAGCCUUCCAAACCUUACAACAUGUCAUUUGAAAAUGCAGCCAGUAGCUGUCUGAAGACCACGGAAUUAUAUAAAUAAUAUAUUGUAGUUUUUGGGGUGGAGAUCUGUCAUACCAAGAAACCCGAUAGUCGUGGACUACCCCCACUCUGGUUAUGCUGGUCUCGCCCAGUCGCCUUUGACUUUGCCCUAUUCAUUGACACCCCCUCCUCCUCCUUAUCCUUCUUUGGUGCCACCUUGCAAAAUGUUGAAACCUCGUUAGCAUAAAUCACUCUCUGUAAAUCUAAAUAAAAUUAAACCUUACUGUAAUGUAUUGUAACUCAAUGACGAAUUUCUUUUAGCAGUCUUAAUUAAGGCCCUGUCACACUAUUGCGUAUAAGAGAAACGUAUGGAAAGCGUAUGAAAAUAAAUGAAAUAAUUUUCAUACGCACAAAAAUCCUUUGAAAUGCCAGCGUAUGAGUACCGUACAUCUGGCGUACCUCUAGCGUAUUCAGCGUGUGCCUAGAGUAUGCUUAUCGUAUAAAGCAUACGUCCGAAUACGCACAAAAUUUUUGAACAUGCUUAAAAAAAAUUUUCUGCCUCGGCGUAUGCCACCGUAUGCGACCGUGCUUGAAACGUAUACCACGUAUGCCUAACGUACUCCUAGCGUAUGUCAGCGUAUACCGGCGUAUGAGUGAUAUUUUUCAUACGCUGGCAUACGCUAGCACGAUACGCAAUAGUGUGACAGGGCCUUUAAAGCUUAUCUUGAAAUUUUAAAAUCGGUCAUACAAGAUUCUUUGCCAUGCUUAAUUUAGCAUCCAAAGACGAAAUAACAAGUUAUUAAACGUUGGAUAUUGCUAAAUUAUACCAAAAUUUAGUUCGAAUCUACGAAAAAUUGGCUGUAAGUUAUAGUACGCUUCUAGAUCAUCGAGUACUUUGACCUUCCGGUCUAAAACAAGCCCCAACGUGUCCACAUGUCCACGGGGUUUCCCCUAUAUUAGAAAAGGAUGACCUCAUUUGUAUUAAGGAGGCACGAGUUGUUCCAACAACGCUGAAUAAUAACUGCCAAUAAUCGCGCUAUUCUAGCUACUUCAUCCAGAUACCCAUUUAGGUGUAUAAAUUAUUGAAGUAUAAAUAGGGAAUAAGGCAAACCGUCAGGAAAAUACACGUACGAUUUGUUGCCAAACAAUUGCCGGUAUAGAAAGCCUUAUUAUCAUUGCUGGUUUGUCGGUGUUGUGUUUAAGCUAUUAAGAUUGAUAUUCUGUCAGACGUUUAAUUUGGGCAAGUUUGAUGCAUCUUCGCGGCUUACAUGCAUGUAAGUCUAGUAUAAAUCACGACAGUGUAUCCGUAUUAAAGAGUGGAUAUGUUACGUUGUAUUAAAAUUUCCAAUAAAUAAUAUCAUUUUAUUUUUGUUAAAGUAAAGUUUUAUACGAGCCGAAAUAGCAUCUCUUGGAUCACUUACUAAUGGCUGCGGAGGAGGCUAGAAUUGAGCGUUUAUUCUAGGUCGUGGCUUUAAAGUCAAUUCUAGACGGUCACUUCUAGCUUCCUCCGCAGGCAUCAGUAUAAGUAGUGAACUUUAGAUUCGCCGGCUACGGCUACGAAAUCUAGUCAGUACGACUACGAGAUUUUUUCCAUUAAAUACCAAGCUACUAAAAACUUAUAAUAGUACGUGGUUUGGCGCAACUGUUGCUAUAAAGAUGUGGUAUGCAAAGGAAAGGACGAUAGAAAGUCUGUAAUAGCAGAUAUUUAACGAAAAAUCUCGUAGUCGUAUCAGAUUUUGUAGCCGUAGCGAAUCUAAAGUUCCCUAAUGAAUCAAGAGACGGCGGCUACGCUGUGGCGAUGGCUAAACUAGAUCAAUUCGUUUACAGCUACGCUGCGACGGAGGCUAGGUCAAUUCGUUCAAUAAACCCAGGGUUAAAAGCUAGGCCUAAAUAAACUGCGACUUAUAGCAAAUUAUCUGUUCAUACACGAGUUGUUCACGAUUUAUGGCCAUAAAUCAUAAUUUUAUAUUAAAAUGGUUUGAUGUAAUUUCUUCUGCAAUAGAACUAUUAUAUGAUAGUUUUAAGUGAAAACUGAAAAGGUGUAUAUUUUAUUAAUAUUUCAAAUGAUAAAGGUUUUCAAUAUUCUAGCCUUCAAAAAGUGUUUAUAUUCUGAAAUUUCAUGCGAGGGUGCAUACCGUAACAUAUGCAAAUCUGGAUUCGGCGGGGUUUUCCCAACUCAAAUUAUUCCUUACAUCAUAC